AUGCCCCCGCCGCCGAUCAACACCGGCGCCGGUCAAUACCAAGCCCCGCACCCGCAACAGAUGUAUCCUCAAGCCGCUGCCCCGCCGGGCUACCCCAUGUCGACUCAAGGACAGCAGGGUGGUGGAGGAUAUGGCGGAUACCAACAUCCCAACGCCUUCAACCGUCUUGCCGAGGUGGAGGGUAAUAACCGUAGCAAGGCGCAAUUGAUUGUUGGCAUUGAUUUUGGAACCACCUUUUCCGGUGUCGCAUUCGCAUUCGCAACCAACACGGAAGCCAAGGAAGAUAUCAUCGUCGAAUGGCCGGGCGCGGGUACUCAAACAAAACAGAAGAUUCCGACGGUUCUCUACUAUGAUCAGCACCAACAGGUUGUCGGUUGGGGUCCCGAUAUCGCCGAGGCUCUUGCGCCUACUGGUUAUCCUAAGCCAGGUGUCCAAAAAGUCGAAUGGUUCAAAUUGCAGCUGAUGUUGAGCGGCAACACCUACAUAGACCCUAUCAACCUGCCCCCGCUUCCUCCAGGAAAAUCCGAGAUUGACGUCGCAGCCGACUACCUGUUCAAGCUGCGACAGGCGAUGCGAAACCAGCUUCAGAAGACUUUGGGAGAGGUGUUCAACCGAGAAGAGAGGAAUAUCCGAUAUUUCUUGACCGUGCCUGCUAUUUGGAACGAUGCUGGCAAAGCUGCUACCAGAGCGGCAGCCAUUCAGGCUGGUUUCCUCCGUGAUGAGAACGACAACCGCUUGACCCUCAUCACUGAGCCCGAAGCAGCUGCCAUGUUCUGCGCCAAGGCUGGUCUGCUUAACCUGAAAGUCCACGAUGCUCUGCUGAUCGUCGAUUGCGGUGGUGGUACUGUCGAUUUGAUCGCCUACGAAGUCGAAGAAGAGUCUCCAUUCACUGUGGCUGAAUGUACAGCUGGUUCUGGAGACUCUUGCGGUUCCACUGCGUUGAACCGCAACUUUUCCAACAUUCUCCGCGCCAAGAUUCGUAAGAUGAAACUUCCUGAUGGAUCCAAGACUGCUGGCAAAGUCUACGCCAAGUGUAUCAUGGACUUUGAGAACCGGAUAAAGGCCGAUUUCCGCAACAACGGUCAGAAGUGGGCGGUCGACGUUGGUAUUGAGGCCGAGUAUCCCGAAGCGGCGAUUGAAGAAGGUUACAUGACUUUCACCAACGAGGAAAUUCUCCAAUGCUUUGAGCCUGUCGUCAACCGAAUUUUGGAAUUGGUCCGAAAUCAGAUCAUUGCGAUCCAGGCACAAAACCGAGCACUACAGAAUGUUCUUGUCGUCGGUGGUUUUGGAGCCUCCGAGUACCUCUUCCAACAGAUCAAGCUCCACGUGCCUCCACAAUUCCAGAACAAGGUUGUGCGACCCAUGGACUCCGUCGCCGCCAUCGUCAAGGGUGCCGUCACCGCUGGUAUCACCGAACGUGUCAUCACCUCCCGUGUUGCCCGUCGUCACUACCUCAUGGCAACGCUACAGCCUUUCAAGGAGGGCCACCACCCUGAGCAGUACCGUGUGCCCAGCUUGGACGGCAAAGAUCGAUGCAAGUACACGCGCCAGAUUUUCGUGCAAAAGGGACAGCGAGUCAAGAUCGGCGAGCCUGUCAAGGUCUCUUUCUUCCGACAGGUUGCACCCGGCGCAACGCUCAUGUACGAGGACGUGUUGUACGCUUGUGACGAGGAUGUCUGCCCAGAGUAUACCAAGGAUCCCCGUAUCAAGGAAAUUGUCACCCUCACUUCCGAUCUCAGCCGUAAGAACCUCGAAAAGGACUUUGAGCGCAUGGACACCCCGCAAGGCACUUUCUACCGUGUCUACUUCGACAUCUACCUCACCCUCGACGGUUCCGAGUUCAACGCCGAAUUGGUCUGCCAGGGCGAAGUCAUGGGUCGCUGCUCUGCCCGAUUCCGAUGA